GUGGUUUAGUGUCAGCUCAGCGUUAGCCUGUCAGUUGGAGUCAGAUGAGCAGAGCAAAGUGUCACAGAUAGAUACCUUCGCACUAAAGUAGCCUGCUAUAAAACAAAUGGAGCUGUUUAAGCAACUUCACUCUAGCUGAUUGGACCAAAAUGUACGUGAGUCCUGACCAACAUGGCCCAUUGGGAUAGUUCGAGUAGCAUGGAGCCAACAGGCGACCUCUCCCCUACAGUUCCUGAGUCAGAACUGUACCGAAGCCUCCAGGCUGUGCUGCCCCGUUGUACCGAUCAGCAGCAGGGCCCAGACUGGUGUAACAAAGGAAUGCUGAGAUGGACACUUCAUAAGAAGGUUCAAAACAACCCUGCUAACAGCUUAUCUCUGCUGUGGGUGCUGAUAAAGGAGCUGGAAAAGGCGGAAAGAUGGGACUCUCGCAAAUCCAUCAUUCCUUUGCUCCACACGUUGGUGCACGCCAUCAUUCAGACAGCCUACAUCCCAGAUGAGCUGUACAAACGUGUGUAUGACUUCUGUAAGAGGCUACUGACCUAUCCUCAGCCUUAUUGCACCGUGGGCCUCAGCUACACAAGACAAAUAAAAAUGGAACGCUUCAUUCCAGGCCUGAUGUACCAGAGGUUGAUCACAGCAGAGCAAAAGCUAAAAAAUGAGCACUAUCCUUUUCAAGAGAGGGUUUUUGUGUUAGCCGAUCCAGAGAUCUUCUCUGGUUCCUUGAUACCCACCAUAACGGAGGACUUUGAAGUGUCUGCCUCGGGUUCGACUGGAUUCCAGAGUCCGCUAGAACACAUGCGCAGUGUGGUUCAGCACACCAUACAGGCGGCCUUAGGACCACAGUGUUGCCACGGUCCAAAACUGGCUCAGGCACUCAGGGACAUGGGCCAAGAAGUGGAGCCAUACUUUCAGGAAGUGUUGGCAACUCUGGAGCAGUGUGUGGAGGAUGGCUACAGAGGAGAAGGAGGAAUGCUGAACAGCCGUCUUCAGCAGCUGUACAGCGAAAUUGUCUCUGAUUCUGAUGCAGAGCCUUUGUGUGGAGGACCAGUGUGUGACUGCCCGAUUCCCAACCCUGAGAUGAGCUUCCACCUGUGGACAGAAGAUCUGGAUAUCUGGCGGGAGCUGUCCAAGUGGUUCCGGUCCAGCAGCGUGUCAGAUCACUUCUCCUUUAGCCAGGAACAGGAGGACUUUGAGCUUGGCGAAUCACCAUUCACUCCAGGGGACAUGCCUCGCUUCUCUAUUAUGUCCAACGACAGUGGCAUUGAAAAGGACUUGCCCCCCAGUUCGGAUUUCUCUCCAUCAACGUCACUGGACAACCCUUGUAUCGUUUCAGCGUGGGAACAGUGCAAAAGUGAGCAAGACUCGAGUAGGCUGUCACGGAGACGAGGCAUCAAACUGAAACCGACGGCGAAGGACGGUAUGGUGCUCAUGCAAGACACACUGGAGGACAACCCAAGUACAGCAGGUGGAGGAGAACCAGGGACGGGAGGAAGGAGAGCGGCCACUCUGCAGAGGCGAGCGGGGAUGAGCAUGAUGGAGAACCACUUCCCCAAGCAGCAGCGACACUUUAUCGCAAAGAUUGUAGUUAUGGGAGAUGACAGAGUAGUGGGUCGCCUGGCUAAGGCUUAUUACGUCUACAGAAAGAGAGAAGCACGGCGGCUUUUUCUUACAAUGAAAGUCAGUCUCCAGUUCUACUACAUUCCUGUUCGCCCUGCUCAGCUGCCAGUCUCUCCUGUUACGGUAAACCUCAGUCAGUCCACGGGGGAUUCCUGUACUCUUGGUUCCUACUUGAGCAACGUGGAUCCAUGGUACAACAGCAACAUCAACAGUUUGGGAUGCAUGAUUCAUAAACUGGCUAAAUUGCAAGAAAUGAAUACUGAGAGACCUAAAGACCCAUUCAUCUCUGAUGUCAUUGCUUACUACAUCCGCAGCGGCCAGCAGCCUGUCUACUUCACCAUCUAUUUUGUAAAGAUUGUAUUCAACAGCAUGACAAGGGAUCCAGUGGAAGAUGUGUUCCUUACUAACCUGGAAAUAGAGUUUCCAGAAUUCAGACAUAUUGCAGCUUCAAUGAAAGAUAAACAUAAGAAGAGCGUGGGCUCGGCUGACGUUUGCGGAGCUGUUAUCUCUAUGAAUUACAAAAAGAUGACAUUAAGUGGGCGGGAUGUUGACGUAGGAAUUUCAACGCGAACAACAGGCGCUCAGAUUAAUGCCAUUCCCUCCUGCGAAGCAGAAGAUCUGAACUGUUUGACUCUAACACUGAAUGAAGCUCCAUCAAAGACAAAAGGCUCGAGUGGGGAAUCAAAGAUUCGAACAAGCAAUAUUAAGAUUCGUACCUUGGAGAGGCGAUCGUUUACUAUCACGCUGGACAAAGACAGUCGGAGGAUUUACAAACAUGUGCAGAGCAUCGAGAUCUCUCCCUGUCUGGAUCCUGGCUACUGCGUGCAGAAAUACAUGGGGUCCAAAUUCUGCACUGACGGAGCUAAAGAUGCUGGACUGAGCAAAUACAUGAGCAAAACUCUCCCUCUGCCAGUCAAUACAUUUGCUGGCAUUAUCAACUGAUGUGUCAAAGUUACCCAACUCAUCAUGAAGGAGUAACGCUAUUCUCACUUUGCUUAGUGAGCGGGAAUGAUGAUCGUCUUCCCAAUCUGAUCUUCUAAGAACAACAACAAAAGAAAAAACAGUUGCCUUUCAGACCUAAUGAGCUGCUCAUGGACCCAAAGUGUUUCACAUCUGCCACUUUGCUCUUACUGACAUUGAUUGACAUUGAGAGAGACUUUUUUUUUUUUUUCAAUUUAGAAGUAACUUAAGCGCCACAUAUGAUCAAAUUCUGCAAGUGACUGCCUCAUCAAGUCCACUGGUUUUACAGUGUUAAGAAGUUUUAUCAUGCUGCAAGAUGGGAUUAACCUAGAUCAGCAUUGUGCUCUUCAUGAAAAACCUGCUGUGCACACUUUAAUGAUCACAGAUAUUCAUUACAUUUAACUGUGCCUAAUACCAAUGAUCAAUAUUGUCCAGAGAGACCAGCAGAGAAAAUUAAGUAAGCAAAUAUACAUUUAUAUUGAUCAGCCACAAAAAAGCCACUUAGAAGUUCAGGGUGCGGCCGUCAUGCAUUGUGCUUGUUCUAGAGAUGGGAACCUGCGUUUGCAACUUAGGGAGCAUUUUCAGCAGUCCUGUUUGAUCCACUUUUCAUUCAACCUCUAGUUUGUUUGCAGAGAAAAUCUGGUUCAUUUAGCAAGGAAUGCAUCAAACUCUUAUGCAGACCAAAAAAGCUUUUGUUUUUGUUGGUUAAAAACAACCAACACAGGUGUGUGAAUCUAGUGCUAGUGGGAGAAACGGCUUGUGGUCUUUUACCAAAAAAAAAAAAGAGAGAUCCUACAACCCCUAAAAUCUGACGCCAUUCCAUAUUUGAUUUCAUUUUGUGAACAAGGGAGUUGUGCUCAUGUCGUCUUCAGAGGUUUUUCUGUUGUCUCCUACAGUUCUUGGUGCAGAGCCACCACAGGUGGGGGAGGUAACAGGUUUUUUCAAAGGAUUUGGUUCAUUUAACACAGUUCAUUAUAAAAGCAAACCACAGUCAAUAAUCUCUGACAAAAGAUUAUCCUAUUAAAUGGUGUGUUUGAAUUGUUUACCAGGGAUCUUCAUGGACUGUUAGCUGCUAACAGUCUGUAACAAUCUGUUCAUGGUUGUUGUAUUAUUGUAAUAAUGACCACAAUCGUGAUCGUGAUGAGAAAAUGUUAAUUUCAGUCAUUGCCCUUGAGACUUCACUUGAACUCGCAAUGAUCUGACAUCUGUGUUUGGCAUUUGACAAAACAGUGUUAUACGACAUGUCCUGCUGUUUACUAUGGCAUCAUACUGACGUUAAUCAGUUUUCAUUACCUGUCAGAGGUUUAGUUUUGUGGCUGAUCAGUGUUUGUAUUUCAGUGCAAGAAAAAAAUUUAUCAGUUAGUAAUUUGGAAGUUGUAAUAACAAAUCUGCGGGGAACAUGCUUUAUGAAGGCAUCACAAAAUGCAGAAGAUUUGAAGAGCUGAUCUUAACGCUUACUUUACUCCUAUUUACACACUACCGUCAAACCUUCUUUCUGACCCACACAGACACACACACACAGAUACAAGAAUGCACUCUCAGCUGACCUGCCACCUGCUUGAACAUUGCUCUUACUGCUCUUAUCUCAUCUGAUGCUCAGGAUCUUUGUUACUGCUAUCAUUCAGACCAUCUAGACCUGUCUUAUCUGCUACGUAAUGUACACUCUUUUCAAGGUGACAUGACUGACAUUAGUCUCUAUUUUGAUUGCAGAUAUUUUCCAGAAGCACCUGAUAUAACAUGGUGAGACUAGAAGCAUGAGCAUUGUCAGGAAUUACUCAGGACAGAAGCAACUAUUAAUUACAAUCAAAUUAAUAGUUAGGAAGGUGCUGUUAAACCUCUGAUUUACCCUCUUACAAGGCAAUAUGCACUAACUACAGGGACAGUUUUUUAGGGUUGGAAUUACACAACACAGACAUGUUCAAAUCUGUGCAUAAACACAAGUAAAAAAUCUUGCAGCAUUGAAGUGGACCUGCUAUACAUUAAAUGGUAUAUUUUAGUGUUUAAAUUAUAUGUUGCACUAAAUUAGCAUUUUUAAAGCUGUGUAAAGUAUAUAUUUAAAGCAUAAAAUAAGACUUAUAAUUACUGUGAAAUAUUCUAUUGAUGCAUAAUCACCUUUUGAUAUCUCUCAGCUUAGCGAGGGAAGAUGUGAUCUGACACAACUAUUGGUUUUGUUUUUCAUGGCAAAUGUAAAAGUGAAGCAAAGGUUGUAUUUAAAGAUUAUUAAUGGUUAGUUACCUGCAGCAGUAAGCUGUUUGACCUCUUGAUUUGACACUGAAAUUGAAUCUAUCAGCUUGUUAAAGAGGUGCUAAGACCUAAAUGGAUUUCUAGCGUCUUAAAACAACCCCAGUCUCAAAAAUGCCAUAGCAAUUUAAGUAAACUGGGUAGUUAUUUAUACUGAUGCUGAUGACUAAAUAUAGAGGAGACAGCGGUAGGAAGUCCUACACCACCAUCAAUGAACUACUGAGAACAGGACAUAGCUGAUAUGAAGCUAAGCAAUGUUUGAACCCAAAGCUUUAUGGCAGAUUAAAAUUUAUCAUCAUUUAUUUUUAUACUUCUGUACUAAAAUGAAUUGUUAUUUUGGGUUUUAAAUGUUACAUUUUCUGUCAAAGAAGAUCAUCAUUUGUGCACUUCCUCCUACUUCGAAUCAUUGGGUUCUGUGUAGAUAAUGGCUCAGUACAUGAUUAUGAUGUGAUAAAAAUAUUUAUUGAAGUGUUUCCAUUGACUGCUGUAACAUUUUUUAGAUUACAAGGUUUUUUUCUAGAUGGUUCAAAUCUGCUUUGCUUUUGGUUUCUCACAGCUUACUAGAAUUAGAUACCAAUAUUUAUAUAUUGCAGGUAUCAUAUUAAUGUUUUUUUUUUUUUUCCAUUUUUAACAGUUUCACUUAAAAAAAAGAUGAAGUUUCCCUUUAAAUUACUGUUUAAUGUAUUUGUUUUUACAGGUUAAAAUCAAGUAUAAUUUGCACCAUAAUGAGUAUGAUUUCUGUCGCUAAAGACCUCAGGAACUGGAAGUGGUGUGUGUAUAAAUGAAUAAGAUUCAUUAACCAAUUAGGUGCAUGUAUAUGUGUAUCUGCUGAUCUGGCAGGGGUUUAAUCAUGGGUUUGAAAUUCAUGAUGUAUUUUGCACAUUAUUUCUUCCUGAUGUUAUGAAUAUAUGUUGUAUUCCGACUUUGGGAAUGUUAUUGUCUAAAUAAAUGAUUUUGUUUUCUAAAAAAAAAAAAA